GUGCAAAGUGGUAUAAUGAGACGGCUUUUAACAUUUAGGAGCAGGAUUAUCUUCCUUGAAUACUUUCUAAAUACAAACGUCUUGUUUUUCUCAUCGUUUAACAUCGGUGAAUGUUUACGAUGGUCGCAUAGGUACAGUGAGAAGCAAUGGACAAAGCAGAAAAACAGACCACAGAAGAACGUUUAGGUUUGAGCGGCGAGCUAGCUAAAGAAAACAGUAAUGUAUUUCAAGAAUUGGAUAAUUCGAAUGCAUGUGGCGACGAAAUCGAUAAUUCGGAUGGUCAUGAUGACGACAAUGAUGAGGUCGAUGGUGAGGAUGAAGAAGGUGACAAACGGAAUGGCAAUACUGCUGAUGAUACAAGUACAGAAAGUGAAAUAAACUAUCUAAAUGUUGCUGGGGAAUGUGCAAAAAAUUCAGAUGAAGAACAUAGCGAAUCGCUGAAUACUUUGGAGACUGUGGCCGUUGAGAAACCGAAGUUUUGUGAUGCCUGUAAAUAUGAUGACCUACUGGAAAUUGCCUCAGGUUUCUGUAUAACAUGUACCGAAUAUCUCUGUCAGAAUUGCUGCAGAGACCACAAGAAGAACAAGCUAACGAGAGAACAUAAAAUGCUAAAAGAUGGCAACAUGCCCAAGGAUGCGUCUCCUUUCAGAGCUAUACGAGACUUGUUGAAAUGCAAAAUACACCCAGAGAACGAUGUUGCUUACGAAUGUGUGGACCACAAACAGUUGAUCUGUGUGUCUUGUCUAACAGGGAGCCAUCGGAAAUGCGACGACAUAGUCGAUCUUGGAACCAGCGACAAUAACUGUCUCGCCAAGGCGGCUGAUUUACCCCUCGUUAGUAAGUUGCUAAAUAGGCUAAAAAUCUGCACUCAGCGAAAUGUGGAAACAGCCGACAGAGUUAAUAGUCAGCGAUAUGAAAUUAAGCAAGAGUGUGAGGAACUAAUGGACAAAUGGAAACAGCAUAUUGAAACGCUUGGAAUUUUGCUUCAAACUGAGGCAGAGGCAUGGGCCAAACGUGAAGUUAAAGCAGCACAAGAGAGUUUAAGUCAAUGUUUGAAGAUUAAAAAAGAUAUUGACGAACAUUGGGACAUAGUAUCAGUUUUAACACUACAUGGAUCAAAGAGAGAAGUGGCAGUGGUAUCCAAGACGCUUACUGAGAAAAUGAACAUGUACAUGAGUAAAAUAGUAUCCAUAGAAAACAGAAUUCCAAAGCAGUUAUUUCUGCGCAAGACAGAACCAUGUAAUGUGCUCCAGUCACUUGGCUCAGUGUCUCAUCAAAUAGGUGAUGCUCCAAUAGAGACAAGUGUUAAUGCUGAAGGCACAGAGGCAAACGUGUCAGAAGAAGCGGAUGCACCUCCAUGGGAACUGAUGAAGAGAAAGGUUGACAGUGGUAAAAUGUAUGUAGUGAAAACCACGACUGAUGCGAAAACAUGUUCAAUUGUUGCUAUAAAGAACAUACCAGACGGACAAAUUGUUGUUGCUGACCAAGGGAAUAAAAAGUUGAAGCUGUUAUCUAGAGCAUUAGAUCCACUCACAGAGAUUAAACUUCCAGGUGUUCCAUCCGACAUGUGUUGCCUUGGAAACGAGGUGUUCCUCUGUUUUCCCGAAUUGAAAAAGAUUUCUAGGUACACAGUUGGCCCGUCUGUAAUUCAAGAACCAUCAAGCUACGCAACCAAAAGACCUCCAGUUAGUUUGUCAAUGUUUGAUGAAAAACGCCUGAUGAUUCUAUUUAAAUCGAAAGCCACUCUGGGUAAAUCACAAUCCGAUGAUAUCGCCAUAGAAGUAAGAGAUGGCAAUUGCAUCAAAGCAACACUUGAACACUCUGAAAAUGAAGAUUUUAACACCAUUAAAGAAGGUCAAUGGGUCAUGCGUCAUGACGAGUCUUUAAUUAUCUUGGCAGAGAAUGAGAAAUUUUCUUGCUACAUGGUUGAUGAAGUUGACCAGUGUCUGCGUUUAAAAAAAAGAAUCCUUGCGUACAUUUCAACCAAGAAUAAAAGAUUGAAGAAACCUAGAGGAUUGUGCCAAGACCCGGAAAAAAAUUGUGUGUACGUCUGUGGCGAGGAAUCAAAUAACGUCCACAAGGUUUUGAUCCGGGAUCUCGGAUACCAGUAUAGCCGCGUAAUUGUGAAGGGCGUUAACAAACCGCUGUGUUCUUAUGUGGACAAGAAUAGGCUUAUAGUAGGUUGUCAACAGGACGACUUCCUACGCGUGUACACGUUCAUAUAAGCGCGAAAACACCUGGAAAUAAAAGUGUGUUUUCAAAUGGACAUGAAAAACAUCAAGCGAAUAUUGCACGUUUUGCACUCAUAUUCAAAAUGCUGCUUUUAAUUAGAAGUUUGUGCUCGGCCACUUUUCUUCGAAACAAUCGAUAAUAUAUAUAUAUCUGUGGAGGGUUUGCAGUAUCAGAAUUCUUAAUAUUUGUUGCAAGUAGAUCGCCUAGUAAUUUCAAAAUGGCUAAAUUUCGCAGUUGCUUACAUUGUAAAAAGUCGCCUGUUUGAAACUAAACAUAAAGUACAGACAGACAGAAACUUUGUAGGCGUGACCGCCAUUUUAAUUUUCUACGAACGUCUUUUACUAAUGCACCGGCAUACAUCCGAGGCUCUUCAUUUGGCGAAGAUGACAGAGGUUUUCGAUUGUUCAUAUAUGAAAGGUCUAACGUGCCAUCAUAGGCACAUUGCUUGAAAAACUGGACAUGAUGAUACAAAGUAAAAAGUGUACAACAUUCGUACACUUGCUUAGAUGUGUUUUGGAAAUAGUGAUGUGGUACAAAAUAUUUUGGCGCCAGCCAUACUUCUACGCUUUCUUCCACACAGGGACUUAUCUAUCUAAUUGAAACCCGUUGAGUUUGGAACUCAAAUGUUGUGUGUGAAUGUCUAACUGCCUCGUUAACCUCUAUGUUCUUAUCAUAUAAGGUCAAACUUCCCUGCAUUACUGUUUUCUUUAGCAUGUUCUGAAAUACAUGCAUUUACCGGUAGUAUAUUAGACGUAGGAAUGUAUUAAUAAUAGUAAUAUAUACAUAAAACGAAGUUGGAAAAUUGUUUAAAUUGCCUUUAUUUAUCUAAUUCAUCUUAUUACAACUGAGAAUAAAGUAUUUGAUAAAUUAAUCCAUACAUGUGUUACAUUGCUUUAAACACAUAAAGGUAAUGCAUUUCUUAACCAAUUAACUUAUAUUGCCCUUGACUAAUUGUUUUCAAUGUUUAAUCAUGAUAUAUAGCUGCCAUUAUAGCAAAAUGACAUGUUGUUAUGUUAGAAAACAUACUUGACAGGAAAAAACUAAUAUUGAAAAUGUUCGACUUUAAAAAACAACAACAGAAUUAACAAAAAAAACUACAGUCAUCAUUUGAUGUGAUAAAGGCACCCACAUAAUAACAUAAAAUUAUUUGAUAGAGGGAGCGUCCUUUAAACUAUAUGCACACUUUUCUAGCCUAUAUACUAUUUACACAUAAUCCUAGCAAGUAUACUAUGAACACAUAUUUCUAGUCUAUAUACUAUAUAGACACAUUUCAACCGAUAUUCUAUGUGGUAUAUGCACAUUUUUCCACGCCAGGAUACUAUUUACACACUUUUCCAAGCCUGUAUUCUAUUUACACAUAUUCCUAGCCUAUAUAUUCUAUAUACGGCAUAUUCCCAGUUUAUAAACUAUAUGCAUAUUUCCUGACCUAUAUACUAUAUUCACAUUUUCCUAGCCUAUCAACUUUAUACACAUUUGCCUAGCCUUUAUACUAUAUACACAUAUUAAUUCCUACCCUAUAUACUAUAUUCACAUUUCCUAGCCUAUAUACUAUUAACACAUUUUUACAAGCCUUUUUACUUCAUACACAUAUUUCUAGCCUAGCUAUAUGUAUAUUCUAUAUACACAUAGAUCCAGCUUAUAUACUAUAUACACAUUACCUAGCCUAUAUACGAUAUACACAUUUUCCUAGCC